UGUGUGACAUCACACUGUCUCUUUCCCACUGCCAGAGCGCACUUCGUCAGAGGAGUUUGCAGGCGUAUUUCAUCAUAAAAUCCGAGUGAAAUCAGUAAAUUUCCACCGCGUGGAGUGAGAGAAAAGUUCUGAGAGUACCAGUGAUUGUGUGUCAUAAGGAAAAUCUGUAGGAAAAGUCCCCGGAAUGGAUUCCACGCUCACAGCCAAGCAGAUACGGCGCAAGUUCCUGGACUUCUUCGCCGAGAAGGAGCACAUCUACGUCCACUCUUCAUCGACAAUUCCCCUGGACGAUCCGACGCUGCUGUUCGCCAAUGCCGGAAUGAAUCAAUUCAAGCCCAUCUUUCUGGGCACCGCGAAUCCCAAGAGCGACAUGGCGAUCUGGAAGCGCGUGGCCAACACGCAGAAGUGCAUCCGUGCUGGCGGAAAGCACAACGACCUGGACGACGUGGGCAAGGAUGUGUAUCACCACACGUUCUUCGAGAUGCUGGGAAAUUGGUCGUUUGGCGAUUACUUUAAGCGCGAAAUCUGCACCUGGGCCUGGGAAUUCCUCACUGAGCGCCUCUGUCUGCCCAAGGAGCGCCUCUAUGUGACGUACUUCGGCGGUGACGCCGCCGCUGGACUCGAGCCCGACCUGGAAUGCCGUGAAAUCUGGCUGCAGCUCGGCGUGCGAGAGGCUCACAUCCUUCCGGGCAGCAUGAAGGACAACUUCUGGGAGAUGGGCGAGACUGGACCCUGCGGACCGUGUUCUGAACUGCAUUUCGAUCGCAUCGGCGACCGAAGUGUGCCCGAAUUGGUCAACAUGGACGAUCCGGACGUCCUGGAGAUCUGGAAUCUCGUCUUCAUCCAGUUCAAUCGCGAGGCUGAUGGGAAACUCAAGUUGCUGCCCAAGAAGCACAUUGACUGCGGAAUGGGAUUCGAGCGCCUGGUGUCUGUUAUCCAAGGGAAGCGAUCGAAUUACGACACGGACAUCUUUGUGCCCAUCUUCGAGGCCAUCCAGGCCGCCACGGGCGCUCCGAAGUACCAGGGGAGGGUUGGCGCUGAGGACAACGACGGCGUGGACAUGGCUUAUCGCGUCCUGGCUGAUCACGCUCGCACAAUCACCAUCGCCCUGUCGGACGGUGGGUGUCCGGACAACACGGGCAGAGGCUAUGUUCUGCGGAGAAUCUUGAGGCGCGCCGUGAGAUUUGCCACGGAGAAGCUGAACGCCAAGCCGGGAAUGUUUGCCGGUCUGGUGAGCACUGUGGUGGAACUGUUGGGCGACACAUUCCCAGAAAUUGCCAACAAUCCCCAGAGAAUUGUCGAUAUCAUCAAUGAGGAGGAGCAGCAGUUCCUCAAGACGCUGGUCAGGGGCAGAAAUCUCCUCAAUCGCACCAUCGCAAAGCUGGGCGACGCUAAGAUUGUGCCCGGAGACGUGGCUUGGCGACUGUACGACACCUUCGGCUUCCCUGUGGAUCUCACGCAUCUCAUGGCCGAGGAGAAGGGUCUGGCCAUCGACAUGGAAGCCUAUGAGGUUGCCAAGGAGCGCGCUCAUGUGCUGUCUCAGGGCAAGGAGGCUGCCAAGGAGCACAUCAUCUCGCUGGAUGUGCACGCCUUGUCUGAACUGGAGGCCAAAGGUGUGGCCACGACUGAUGACUCCUUCAAAUACCGCUACGAGCGCAAUCCAGACAAUGAGAACGAGUACAUCUUCCAUCCCAGUCCACCGGCGAAGAUUGUCGCCCUGCGCGUAGGUUCUGAGUUUGUAGAGGAAGUCACUGCCGGCCAAACAGCUGGAGUUCUGCUGGACAAGACCUACUUCUAUGCCGAGUCCGGAGGACAAAUCUACGACCAUGGCGUGCUGACGAAGGGCGAAGAAGGUGAAUUCCUCGUGGAGAAGGUCUUCAAUCACGGCGGAUUCAUUCUGCACAUCGGCAAAGUGGAGGGAAGCCUGAGAGUGGGUGACACUGUUCAGCUGCAGAUCGACGAAGUGCGGCGUCGCCUGACGAUGAACAACCACUCAGCCACUCACGCUCUCAAUCACGCCCUCAUUCGCGUCCUGGGCGGCGCCGUGAACCAGAAGGGCUCGCUUGUGGUGCCCGAGAAACUCCGCUUUGACUUCAAUCUGGAUUCUGGACUCACUAUUGAGCACGUUCAGGCCAUCGAGGAGAUUGUCAACGAUUACUCACGGCGAAACGUCCGCAUCUACGCCAAGGAGGCGAGUCUGGCCCUCGCCAAGACCAUCCAGGGCCUGAGAUCCGUCUUCGAUGAGGUCUAUCCCGAUCCCGUGCGAGUGAUCGCCUUCGAGGUGCCCGUGGAUGAGCUGGAGAAGAAUCCCAAGGGCGAGGCAGGACUGAAGACGUCCGUGGAGUUCUGCGGCGGCACUCAUUUGCACUGGGCAGGACACAUUGGGCACUUUGUCGUGGUGAGCGAAGAGUCCAUCGCCCGUGGCAUCCGCAGAAUUGUCGCCCUCACCGGUCCAGAGGCGGACAAUGCCCUGACGCGCGCCCGACUCUUCACUGAACGCGCCGAGGAGCUGAAGAAGCUUGUGGACGCUGGCACAAACCUCUCCGGCGCACUCAAGCGAAUCGCCCAACUGCAGGAGAAUGUGGCCCAAUCCGUCAUACCGUACGUGCGGAAGCACGAGCUGAGGAAUGCCCUGAACAGCCUCACGAAAGCUGUGAUUGAGAAGCGGAAGCGCCUGCAGAAGGAAACCGUGACAAAAGUGCUGGAAGAUCUCAGCGGCAUCAAUGAGACGCUGCCCAACGACGCCAAGUUCCUCGUCAUGCAGCUGGACGUGGGCGAGCAUGAGAUCUCCAUUCCCAAGGACAUCCUGGGCAAGGAGCAACCGCGCCUGGCCGCCCUGCCGCGCCUCUAUCUCACCGUCGAGUCGGAGAGUGGCAAAGUCAAUGCAAUGGCCGUCGUUCCCGACAAGGCAUGCCCACUGAAGGCCAACGAGUGGGUCACGCACGUCACGAGUGGCUUCGGCGGACGCGGCGGAGGCACUCCAGAGCGCGCUCAAGGGAUCUUCCUGGCCAAGGUGCAGGACAUCAUCCAAACUGCUGAGGAUUUCGCCACGAAGAAGCUCAAUUAAAGCAUU